AUGUUUCACGAGGAAUCGGAGAUCUGUGCUGGUGCCGAAAGAGGCGACACUUGCCGUGGUGACUCAGGUGGUCCACUGGUCGCCAAUAUCACAUAUCGGGGACACGUAUUCCCCUCACUGAUUGGGGUCACUAGCUUUGGUUUUAAAUUCUGCAACGCUAGAGGCUUCUACGCGAACGUUACGUUCCACAGACAAUGGAUCAAAAAAACCAUUUCGGCUAACAAUUACGAUCAGGAUAAGGAGCCCUUUUUGGAUGAGAACUGCAGCAACAGUCGGGAUAAACAUGGAUCUGUUCACCAACCCUGGAAAGCUUUGUUCUUACUACUACGUCUUAGAACGCUCGACGGUGUCCGCUUUACCGCUAAAUCUAUACACGGGCAUCCCAAAGUCACCGACGUCAAAACGAGUUUUGCAAAUGAUAUAGCUUUGAUUGAACUUUUUCGAAGGGUGCGUUAUUCUGACCGUGUGGCACCCAUCUGCUUCCGCCCAACUCUUCAGAAGUCGGAAAACCCACCAACAUCGAUUACUGCCAUUACCUCUGCUGAAAAUCAUACCGUUCAAUAUGAGAACUUCUCCGUCAUUGAUCGUUCCCAUUGCUCUAUUACCAUUGGAUAUACCAUAGAUGACGAUCAAUUCUGUGUGAACGAAUCGUCCUCCAUUUUAAAGUCAGGUGCCGUAUUAGGUGCCAACGAAAAUACGACGUUGGGCGAAAAGUUCUUUCUCCACGGCAUUGUGAGCUUUAGGAAGAACGGUGUGGUCAUUCUUACAAAUAUUACAUCAUACGCGGAAUAUAUCCGUUCGAUCUGCAUUGUCACUGGUGAUGGGCUAAAAACGUCGUCGAUCGGGAAUUUCUCGGCAUAUGGCUGGGGUGCAACGGAGAACCUUUACUUAAGUCCAAUCCUUCAGACCAUCAAUCUUUCCCACCCACCGCAAUCUUGCUUAAGUUUUCACGAGGAAUCGCAGAUCUGUGCUGGUGCCGAAAGAGGCGACACUUGCCAUGGUGACUCAGGUGGUCCACUGGUCACCAACAUCACAUAUCGGGGAUUCGUAUUCCCCACAUUGAUCGGGGACUAG